AUGGACUUCGUACUGGUCCAAAGUGGAACAGGCCACGAGGCCGAGCCCGGAGGGGAUGCUGCCGUGACUACUUCCCAGCAGCGCACAAGAUCCCCCCCAAGACACCCAACACAAUCUCGCGAAGGACGCCCCUUCGGGGGAACUGGCGACAACCACGCCAAAAUAAUGCAAGAACAGCACCAUAGGAUGCAAGACCUGGAACACUGGCUGGCAGACAGGGAACACGACCAGCACACCCCAGAACAAAGCCACUCCCGCUCUCACUCUAGGAGCCACUGCAGACGCACGCCCAGCCCCCAGGCCGAAUCCAAGAGCACUGGGGAAAGAGGACGCGCUAGGAGACGCCAUGACCCUGUCAUCUAUGCCAGACAAGAACGGCGGCACACUACAGGUCAGGGAACCGAAGACGCUCGUCGGGAGGACGAUGAAGGAAGAACGAGGAGAACGCGGGGACCCAUGAUAAUGGGGGCGAUCCCAUUUCAUCGUUCCAUACUCGAGGUCCGGCUACCAAAACACUUUGACAAGCCAAUGGACAUGAGGUACGACGGAACACAAGACCCGCUGGAAUACCUCACGACCUUUGAGGCCAGAAUGAACCUUGAGGGAGUGGGAGACGAGGUAAGAUGCUGCGCCUUCCCGAUCACCCUGGCGGGGCCUGCAAUACGGUGGUUCAAUAACCUCCCGCAGGGCUCGGUGACCGGCUUCGCAGAUAUCAGCCACACCUUCUUAGCCCAAUUCACGACCAGGAUCGCAAAGGCGAAGCACCCAAUCAACCUGCUCGGGGUAACCCAGCGACCCGACGAGUCGAUUAGGAAAUACCUAGAUAGAUUCAACGAUGAAUGCCUGGAAAUCGACGGACUGACGGACUCGGUCGCGAGUUUGUGCCUGACGAAUGGACUCCUGAACGAGGACUUCAGAAAGCACCUUACCACGAAACCAGUGUGGAGUAUGCAGGAAAUCCAAUGUGUGGCCAAGGAGUACAUCAAUGACGAAGAAGUGAGCCGAGUCGUGGCUGCCAACAAACGGCAGCCCACUCAUAAUCAAGACCGGCACCGCGGAAGCAGAGAAGGACAAAAGGAGCACGCCAGAGACAGCGGCCCGAGCAAGGCUCCCAGACCAUUUCCUCGUGUUGAGAAGUUCACCAACUACACCCCUCUCACCGCGCCGAUCAUGGAAGUUUAUCAACAAAUUGCCGAAAAGGGGAUCUUGUCAAAGCCCCGACCACUGAAGGAACGAACAGGGGGAAACCGAAGCCUCUACUGUGACUAUCACAAGGGCUAUGGGCAUAAAACCCAAGACUGCUUCAAUCUAAAGGACGCGCUGGAGCAGGUCAUCAGGGAUGGAAAGCUAGCCAUAUUUUCCCACCUCAUAAGGGAGCCAAGGCGACGAAAUCGCGACCACGACAGUGAAGAUAGGACUCGGGCACCGAAGCGACGCCAAGAACCGGAGGACGACGACCAGGGCCUCACCAUAGUGAACGUGGUAACAGCUAGGAAUGCAGCACCUAGGUCAAAGUCGGCACACAAGAAAGACGCCAAAGUCCUGGCGGUCUCCUCAUCCUCCACGCGAAGCACUAGGAAGCUCCCACCCAUUUCGUUCGGCCCGGAAGAUCAGUGGUUCGACAAGAUCGGAGAGAGUCCUCCCAUGGUCAUAACGGCCAGGGUAGCAACCGGUCUCGUCAAACGAAUCCUUGUAGAUACGGGGGCAGACUCGAACAUCAUAUUCCGUAAUGUGUUCGAUGCUUUGGGCCUGAGGGACGCCAACCUACAGACGCACCAGCACGGUGUCGUAGGGCUUGGCAACCAUUUCAUCAAGCCAGAUGGCAUAAUCACCCUGCCGAUCUCACUGGGACAAUGA